AUGAACCCACUGCGUUUUUGUCGGCGAUUGUCUGGACUGCGUGCGCGCGAGAGGCUUGUGGAGCCGCGUGCGCUCAUAAACGGCCAGUUUAAGGAGUUUCCGGGGUUUGACGUGGUCAACCCGGCCAAUCAGCAGGUGCUUGCCCAGGUCAGCGACACGCCUCUCGAAGAGGUCGAAUUUGCAGUUUCUGUUGCUGCGCGGGCAUUCGGUGACUACCGCUCGGUGCCCGUCCAUGCACGUGCCCGGAUUCUCUCCAAUUGGCACAAUCUGAUGUUGGAGCACGAACAGGACCUUGCGCGGCUCGUCACGCUCGAAAACGGCAAGCCCCUGGCAGACAGUCUUGGCGAAGUGCGCUACGCUGCCAGUUUUUUCAAGUGGUUUGCCGAAGAGGCUGUGCGUUGCUAUGGAGACACAAUCCCUUCGGCAACGCCUUCGAACCGCAUGUACACACAAUGGCAGCCGGUCGGUCCUGUGGGGAUCAUCACACCGUGGAACUUCCCGCUUGCCAUGAUCACACGCAAGCUGGGCGCGGCCUUGGCGGCUGGCUGCACCUCGGUGAUCAAGCCUGCAGCAGAGACACCAAUGUCUGCAAUGGCAAUGGCUGUGCUUGGUGUGGAAGCCGGCGUGCCUGACGGCGUGGUGAAUUUUGUUCCUGUUGCGCAUAGCAAGACUGCCAAGGUGGGGGAGCUUUUUUGUAAGUCGCCGGACUUGAGGAAAGUGUCCUUCACGGGCUCCACCCGCGUGGGCAAACUGCUAAUGGAGCAGAGUUCCAGCACGCUCAAGCGGCUGUCUAUGGAGCUUGGUGGGAACGCCCCAUUCGUGGUUUUUGAAGAUGCGGAUCUGGAAAAGGCCGCUGCCGGCUUUAUGAGCUGCAAGUUCCGCUCUUCGGGCCAGACGUGCGUGUGCGCGAACCGCAUUUUUGUCCAUGAUAAGGUUUAUGCCGAGUUUGUUGCCAUGGUGGCAGAUCUAAUCGAUAAGAACACUCGCAUGGGUCCUGGAAUCGAUCCUACUGUCACGCACGGCCCGCUCAUUCACGAAAACGCUCUUGCGAAAGUGGAGGCAUUGGUGGAGGAUGCGGUGGAAAAGGGGGCCAAGGUCGUCCGCGGUGGCCGCAGACGGCCUGAUCUGGGGGCUCUGUUUUACGAUCUCACGCUACUCAGCGACGUGACGCCGAAAAUGGAUAUUUUCCACACCGAGGCGUUCGGUCCUGUAGCACCAGUUAUACGGUUUUCCUCCGAGGACGAGGUUGUGCAGCAGGCCAAUAACACGGAGGUCGGCCUGGCGGCCUAUUUCUACACGGAAAACAACAGCAGGGCCUGGAGAGUGGCCGAGAAGCUGCAGGCUGGAAUGGUGGGGGUGAACACGGGGCUGAUCUCGGAAGCUGCGCUGCCGUUUGGGGGUGUGGGAGAAAGCGGGUUUGGCAGAGAGGGCAGCAAGUACGGACUUGCCGAGUACUCUGAGCUCAAGACGGUUGUGGUGGGUAUAUAA